GAAGAUCUGAACACGAUGAUACGGCCGCAGGCUGCUCCUGUGGUUGUGCUUCGGCAGAACACCAAACGCGAGCAGGGACGGAAGGCCCAGCUGGCGAACAUACAGGCAAGCGUCGCCCAGCUGCAUGCCGUUGAAUAGACCUGCACAUGCACAUGCGCCUUGCUGUGUGUACGUCAGGCUGGCAAGACGAUAGCUGACAUUGUGCGCACGACCCUCGGCCCGAAGUCGAUGCUCAAGAUGCUUCUGGACCCCAUGGGCGGCAUCGUCAUGACCAACGACGGCAACGCCAUACUCAGGGAGGUACGGGUGGCCCCGACGCACGCAAAGACGCGUAGAUGCCGCACAUGUCAUUGCCUUUGUCUGUUGCUGUGUGCUGUCUAGGUUGAUGUGGCUCACCCCGCCGCCAAGUCGAUGAUAGAGCUGAGCCGCUCGCAGGACGAGGAAGUGGGAGACGGAACGACCUCAGUGGUCGUCCUCGCAGGUACGCAGAUAGACAUGCACACACGCAUUCAUGCGCCCACAAGUGAUGCCCAUACGGCGGUGGUGGUGGUGGUGUUGUGCAGGUGAGAUGUUGGCUGUGGCCGAGCCCUUCCUCGAGCGCAACAUGCACCCCACAAUCAUCGUGGCGGGCUACAUACAGGUCAGCGGAGGAACGACGGAAUUGUAAGACUCGUUUGGACACACUGCCGCCCUGUUGCCUUGGUGUGUGUCAGGCUUUGGAUGACGCGUUGAAGAUCCUCAGCGAGAUCGCCACGCCCAUCGAUGCUUCCGACGACAAGCGACUCACCGAGAUCGUCCACACAUGUAAACACCCACACAACCACACAACCACAUCCACACACUCGCCAGACCGACAUGGAUCUGGGUGUGUCUGCCGGUGUGUGUGUCAGGCAUCGACACCAAGUUUUCCGCCCGUUGGGGCAACAUGAUCAGCGACUUGGCUGUCAAGGCCGCCAAGUGCGUCACGAUCGAGCUGCCUAAUGGCAAGAAGGAAAUCGACAUCAAGGUCGGCCAGCCAGCCAGCCAGCCACUUAUCCAAACGGACAUGAGCAACACACGCAUGUCUUUGAUUGAUGCAUCGAUUGGUCAGCGUUACGCCAAGGUGGAGAAGAUCCCCGGAGGCGACUUCGAUGAAUGCGGUCAGGGAGGGAGAUAGAGAAGGCAGGCAGUCGUCACAACAGCUGCACUGACUGCUUUUGUGCGUGUUUGUCUGUUGUAUGCAUACAGCUGUGUUGAACGGUGUGAUGUUAAACAAGGACGUAACGCACCCCAAGAUGAGGCGCAUCAUCAAAAACCCAAAGGUGGGCACACAUUGAUCAAUGAAUGGAUGGAUGGAUACUGGACGGCUUCCUGUGUCAGGUGGUACUGCUCGACUGCAAUCUCGAGUACAAGAAGGGUACACACACCACCGGACAGACGGACGGACGCUUGGCGACACAAUGCUCUCUCCUUGUGUGUGUGUGUGUGUGUGUGUGUGUUGUGGAUUAGGUGAGAGUCAGACCAACGUGGAGGUCAUGAAGGAGGAGGACUGGGAAGCGCUACUCAAGGAGGUCUGUCUGCAUGCCGAGCACACACGCAGCCAUCCUCGAUGUCAAUCUGUCUGUGUGCCGUCAUGUCAGGAGGAGGAGGAGAUUCAGAAGAUGUGCAACGACAUCAUCAAUGUCGGGGCCGACCUCGUCUUCACCGAAAAGGGUACACAUGAAAGACCGCGGCCAUCCCGCCUCGUUGCUAGCACAAUCUGUGUUGGGUGUGUUGUGUGUGUGUAGGUGUGUCGGACCUGGCGCAGCACUUUCUGAUGAAGAAGAACAUAUCGGUCAUCAGGCGAGUGCGCAAGACAGACAACAACAGACUCGCCAGAGUGGUCAGCACUAACACCCACCCACCCACACACACAGAGAGAGAGAAAGGUAUGCAUGAGGGUGAUGUGGAUGCAGACGGGUGCGCACAUAGUGAAUCGGACGGACGAGCUGACGGCCGACAACGUGGGCACUUUGGCGAGGCUGUUCAAGAUCGACAAGAUAGGCGACGAGUACUACUGCUACAUCACCGAGUGCGACAACCCCAAGGCAUGCACCAUACUCAUGAGGGGCGCAUCCAAAGACGUACUCAACGAAAUCGAAAGGUAUCUCACACACUGAGAGAGGGAACGGCCAUUUCCCGUGCCACGUAUGUGCACACAAAGGCCUCUCUGUGUGUGUGUCUGUGUGUGUUUAGGAAUUUGCAAGAUGCGUUGAACGUCGCCCGCAACGUGUUGGUGGAGUCCAAGCUGCUGCCCGGGGGCGGCGCCACAGAGAUGGAAAUCGCCGCCAGGCUCAACGAAAAGGCGAAAAGUAAGCCUUCACAUGAGAUGCGCGAGGCGAAGAGUGUAGUGUGCACGCGCUGUGUUGUGCUAUGGGUGUCUGCAGGCAUAGAGGGCAUCAAGCAGUGGCCAUACAAAGCCGUGGCUGUGGGUCUCGAGGUACAGCAAGGCAGCGUCCACCGAACGAACACACGCGACACACGCAUGUUGUCUACACAAUCAGGUCAUUCCCAGGACGCUCGCUCAGAACUGUGGGGCUGACGUCGGUGAGCCGACACACAUGAGGGAGAGGAGGAGAUGAACCCAUCGGGUCUGUGUGUAUGGUUGUGUCGCAUGGAUGCAGUUCGCACCAUCACCGACCUGCGGUCCCGCCACGCCCUGGCCGGGGAGGGCAGGUUCUGGGGCAUCGACGGAAACACUGGUAGGUCACACAGACAGACAGACAGCCGACCAGCGACCGAAACGCAGUGUAUUUGGCCGUGACUGACUGGGUGUGUGUGUUACGAUGUGUGUGUGUGUGCAGGCAAGGUUGUGAAUGUGGAGCAGGCGGGUAUCUGGGACGCAUACGCCGUCAAGCAACAAGUCAUCAAGACCGCCAUCGAAGCGGUCAGUGAGAGCCACAACACCCACAUAGCAGAGGAAGCUUAAUUUCAUGCAAGCUGAGAUGAGAGUGCUGCUGCUUUGGUGUUGUGCAUGAAGGCUGCGAUGAUCCUGCGUAUCGACGACGUGGUGUCGGGCAUCGGCAAGAAGGGCGGCGCGGGCGGCGGGGCGCCACGGGGAGGUAUGCACACACAUCAUCAGCCACCCACCCGCACGCACACACACGUAAUGCUGCUGUGCGGUGGUGUGUGUUGAUCAAUACAGGUGCGGCCCCCGAUGACCAGGUUGAGGCGUUCGGAGACUCGCGGGACGGCUAGACCACAUACACACACACACCUGCAUGGAUCCCACCCGGUAGCUAGGGAGUAGUUGCGUACACAUCAGCCAAUGCAUUUCGUGUCCGUGUUCGGUGCGUCUUCCCGAUGCAUCUGUGUGCAUGUGUGUGCGUGUGGUGCCGUUUAUAGCAAAUGCCUCAUGUGAGUGCCGUGCUGACUAGCCGAAAGACACACCUGUUUUCCUCUCCGUGUGACGGAUUGCAUGGAAACCAUUCAUGGUCUCACUCCAGUUAUUUCGGUUGAUGAGGGACGCAUUCAUUCAUUCAAAUGUCAGCAGCA